AUGGCUUCUCGUCCAAAGAGGCGUAGGACCAAACCUUCCUCAACCGAUAACCGAUCUACCCAGCCAGAUAACGAUUCAUCAAAACUGAAAAACCUAGUUACAGAAUGUAUGGCUGCAGCGUUACCCAUCAUUGAAAAGACUGUAAAAGAAUGCAUGUCGAAAUUAAACACCCCGCAACCAGCAGCUAACCAACAGCCAGCAGCGACUGGACAGCUGGAAGACAGAUCGGAUGAAGUCUCAAAUACUUCGACGUUCAAUACCAUUGUAAAUAAUCAAGACACCACCACAGAUACAAAGAUUCAAGGAACUCUUUCCCAACAUGGAUAUGGAAGAAACGAUGGUUCCGCACACACUCCUACACCUCUGACCAGAACAGCAGACUUUCUUAUUAGGAACUCCCUCUCAGAAGACUCUUUGUCAUCCUAUAAGAACAUAUUUGCAACUUACAAACGUUUCAUUCAUACCCAUGUUGAUAGAAAUGCAGAUCCCCUGCCACCAUCGCUUUCUCAUUUGUUACUUUAUAUUGCGCAUUGCUACCAGUUAGGCUUCGCUGCUUCAACAACCCGCACACACAUAGCUGCACUAAGCUUUACCUUUCAACUCGGAGGCUAUCAAGACCUUACACAAAGCCUUCUGAUCAAAAAACAAUUACAAGGAUUUAGCAAGGUUAAGCCAUCUAUUGACAAUAGAUUACCUAUAACACCAGACAUUUUGUCAAAAGUUGUAGCUGCUCUACCAUCCAUAACUACUUGUGCCUUUAACAGCACACUACUUCACGCUAUGUUUGUUCUGGCAUUUUGUGCCUUCCUAAGGGUGGGAGAAAUCACAAAAACAGCAGGCGCCAAGCAGCACUAUCUGUUAGCUGAGCAUGUUACUUUCCAAAAAGAUUCUGUUAAAGGCAAUUCCAUAAACCUUACAAUCCCUCACUUCAAACAUUCUAAUCAGUCUACCACUCUGCAUAUUCAGCAAAACAUGACCAACCCAUUCUUAUGCCCCUUCUUAGUUCUACAAGCUUUCAUGAACAUUAGAGGUCACAGUUCACCUGCAAAACCCUUGUUUUCAUUCAUGGAUGGUUCCCCAGUUUCUCGUCAGUUUUUUACUGAACACUUAAAGUUGUCCCUGACAUUCUGUGGUCUAGAUAUAAACAAGUACCAAAUACCAAGUACCAUAGUUUUCGGAUUGGAGCAGCCACGACAGCGGCAGCCUCGGGUUCAUCGGGCAUUCAAAUACAAAAUAUGGGCCACUGGAAAUCUUCAGCAUUUACGAAAUACAUCAGAAAACCGACCAUGA